AUGGGAUCUUCACAAUCAACAAAGUCCGUCGACGCCUUGGCAAAUAAGUUUGAUAACUGUGAUCUUGCUGACGGCGAAACAACCCCUGAAUUCUGUUCCUCGGGCAGCGCUGACGAGGAUUCGGCACUGCAGAAUUAUUUGGUUUCUUCGUCGGAUGGAAUUUCAGAGGCUUCUGAGACCAAUACUCCUACUUCCACACAGUUUUUUGAGCGCUCGCAUCAUUGUAGGCACUCAGCCAUUUUCAUAUUCGACCUUGACGACACCCUCAUUCCAACUGAAUGGAUCCGGUCGUCGUUCGCCAACCUAAAGCAUCAGCACGCAUCGACAGAGGAAGUAUACAAGGCUAUAAAACAAGAGCUGGAUCGGCUUACAGCUAACGAGCUAAUACCCUGCAUCUUGAGCACAUUGAAAAAGGCCAAAAAAUGGAGCGAAACCGUUGUCAUUGUAACAAACGCAAGAAGUGUUCGUUGGCUUUCAACAAUGAAAUCCCUAUUUCCCGAAGUCAUUCAGCUGCUGAAUGAUGAGCGAAUUCCCAUUAUACGCUCUUGCCCUGUAGGAGAGGAGCCAAGCAUUCAUGAAACCACUGCAUACUUCGCCUACUGGAUGAAUGCUAAGAAGACCAAGUUUCUCGAGGUCAUUCGACAGCACUUCCAGAACAAAUGUACCCCACAAGCAGCAGCAGUAGAUCUCGUGUCUGUAGGAGACAAUGAUUUCGAAGAAUAUGCAGCCUUGCGGGCGGCUCAUGAGCUUCCAGCUGUGAGAUUCGCGAAAGUCGUUCGAUGCCGGUCAGGACUGGAGCCUCGACCUUUCUUGCACCAAUUGAAGGAGAUUACGCGUGCUAUUGACUACAUAUUUGAAGAGGCAAUGCCUUGCGCGACCCGAAGAGUCGGAGCUACUGUGACUUACACCAUUCACGGAAGAAGGAAAACUCAUUAG